GAUCAUUAUCAGAAACUGCUGCAGGACUAGUCAGAGAGAGAGCGAGAUGGAGCGAGGCAAAUACUCACAACUCUGAUUGAACACAGCCAAGGGGGAAAAUCACUGAAAAAACACCUUCUUCUGAUCAUUCACAACCGCCUUUCCCAUGUCUGCAAACUAGCGUCACUACACCUCAAGUGGGAUUCCGGAUUUAAUAAGGAUACGCGUUUUGCUUUCUUUUUUCGCUGCAGCAAAAAUCAGCUUGAUUUUUUUUUUCACUCCAGGUCUAGGAUUUGAGAGGGAAGCUAUGGAGGUUUCUGAUUGACCAGCAACAUUAAGCAAAUCAAGUGGAUAUUUUCUGCAACUAAGCUACGGCUGUUACCUUUGCGUUCUUUAAAGCGGAGCUGGGAAAUUCAUCGAUUUUGAGCAACGGAUCUUAUCGAACAUAUUGAUUUGAUAAUCAAACCCUUUUUAAUUUCUACAUUUUCUUAUUAACUCAGCCUUCAUCAGACGCCAUUUUCCCCUCUUUUUUUCUUUUUAAAGCCUCGCUCUGUUUGACAGAUCGCCGGGAGGAUGUCAUUGCAGCCGGUGUACGUGUAAAUGGAUUUUAAAUAACACACAAAAUCGGAAAAAAGAAGAUUCGAGAAAAUAAUACAAAAUUGGAUAUGGGUUAAUUGGAGAUGAUCAUGCAAUCUGAGCAUGGGUCCACAGAAUGUGAUUGACACCUUUGCAGUUUUGUCUUCAUCUGGGAUUAAUAGGAUUUCUCAAGCAAUAGCGGUUUCAGAUCUUUGAGCCUUCCCUGUCUGGAAGCGUUGCACGAUCCUCUUGUGAGUUUGUCCCCCCUUUCUGCGUCCCGAAUUGAGGACCGGGAACGUCGAUGGAGCAAAGAGAACUUCCUGGCCCCACCCGACCAAAGGGGGGUGAGGGGGUUGAGUUUCGACCAGGCGGCAGCACCCCAAUCCCAGGUCCCAUCCCUGAGGAUUCUGGGAGUCCCCUCCCUCUUCCAGGAAAGGGGCUCCCCGUAGCUGGUCAGAGGGCCGAACCUGAAGAGGAGGAAGACUUGGGACUGGCCAGAGAUGUGGAUGCCAACUCCAACCCGGACAGUGAGAAGUGGGCGCAGGGAGACGGGUUAGAAGAGCAGGAGUUCUCCAUAAAGGAGGCUAGCUUCUCCGAAGGGAGCCUCAAGCUGAAGAUCCAGACGACCAAACGGGCUAAGAAGCCCCCUAAGAGCCUGGAGAAUUACAUCUGUCCCCCUGAGAUUCGGAUCACCAUUAAACAGCCAGGAGAGCAGAAGGUUGCCAAACCAGGCAAAAGUAGCAAGGGGACCAAGGAGGAAGAUAAAGGACUUCCUAAAAAGAAGUUCACAAAGAAUGUCAGAGGUGACUCAUCCAGGAAGAUCUAUGAGAAGUCUUUCAAGCCUACUGAACAAAAUGAAGGUGAACACCCUGUAGACUUUCUUGGAGAAUCCAUGAAACCAAAGCACCAGCCCAGAAGCACUCAGCACCAACUCGAUUGGUCAAAAACACCAGUGGGGGGAACAAUCUCCCAGGGCAGUCUGACCGAAACAGAAUCUAAAAGAGAGCCAACGGUAGUUAACAAGAGUUCUUUUCCAGAUUCUGCAAAUGGUCUUGCCAAACCACAGCAAAAAAAGGUCACUGGGAGCCCAUCUGUAACUCACUUCAGUACUGGAUUGUCCAGCCAAGUGAGUGGCUCUCUAGUUCAGCCAAGCUCCAUAGCUAGUAUGCCACAGAUGCCCAACCAGUCAGAAAGUAGUCGGAUGAUCCUCAACUCUUUAAACAAAGAUAGAGUGGUACAGGAGGCAGCUGAGCCAAUAUUUGGAAACAUUAAGAGGAAGUAUGGCAGGAAGGACUCAAUGAGGAGUCUGGUAGCUCAGAACCCAGAAGCACAGUGGGGCAAAAAGGCUGAAAAAGAUUUUGAUGCUAAAAUCCCAGAGACUAUAAAAGAAAAAGAAGUGCAUGAACCUGAAAAAACAGCAGAAUCACCCUGUGGGAACAGUGAAAGCUCUGGAAAGGUUCUGGAGAAGGAGGGAGACAUCAUACCAGGAGCUGUUCCUCUGCAGAUAGAAGACUCCAAAGGUUAUCCUGGGAAAAAGAGACGAUAUCGACGAUCAUUCAAAGAUCAGCUUCCUGUGGAGAAUUUAUUGGAAGAAAUUCAGACUUCUGAUUUGGCUGAGAAGAAUGAUGUAGGCAACAGAGGUCUGCCUGAGCCAAAAGCUGCCAUUAUCAACAAGACUGAGUCAAGAACAUCUAAACUGAUGGAGAAAGAAGGACCACAUGAGGCAGAUGAAGACAAUACAGUGUCUGUCACUGAAUUCUCUGAAAUGUGUAGAAACAGACUUCGAAAGCCAUUGCCUGUGGUGAGACCUAAAAUGGUUCUUGAUUCAAACCAGGCUAUAAACAAGGAGGACAAUGAUAAACUACCAAAACCAAAGGCCAAGGCAAGGUGGUCUUACAUCAAGUCCAAAAAUUGCAGCCUCCAGAAAGAUGACAGCAGUCCAGCUGCAGUUGUUGCAGAGCCUCCUUCAGCCUAUCCUAUUACACCCUCCAGCCCACUGUACACUAAUACUGACAGCUUGACAGUUAUCACACCUGUGAAAAAGAAGCGUGGGCGCCCAAAAAAGCAGCCUCUACUCACGGUUGAGACCAUACAUGAGGGAACUUCUACUAGUCCUGUAAGCCCUAUUGCUCGGGAGUCACCUGGCUCUUUGAAGAAAAGGAGAAAAAAACGUAGUUUGAUAAAGCUGGUGCAAAUUGCUGCUGCAAAUGCAUCCCCAGCUAACCAGAUGAAGCUUAAUAAAAAAGUAGGCAAUUUAGGGAUCCUGGAUAAGAAAACCAUAAGGACAAUUAACAAGAUGAAAAUGGUAAAGAGGAAGAAUAUAUUGAAUGAGAUUUAUAGCAAUCUGGCUCUGCAAUCAAAGGUUCCCAGGUCAAAUGUUGUUUCAACUAUGGCAUCAACUAUUGAGGCCCGUUUGGGUAAGCAGAUCAAUGUGAGUAAACGAGGGACUAUUUAUAUUGGCAAAAAGAGGGGUAGAAAACCUAGAGCUGAGGUGCAGGUCCAGCAAGAUGAGCACAAAACCAGUGAUAAGCACCCGGUGCCUGUUCCUAGCCAGUUUGAGAACCCAGUAGUGCCUUGCAAUCCACAGCCCACAGCUGGAAUGCCUUCUCCCAGAGCUACACAGCCUUCUGUUGCCCACGCUGCUGGAACUGGUGGGCUUCUCUGCCCUGCCACAGCAGACACCAGCCUGCAGGAGCUGAAGACCAUGCCAAAUCUGCAGCCUAUUAGUGCAUUGCCCACUAAAGCCCCCAAAGGCUUACACAGCAGCAAUUGGAAACUUUCUCCACCUAGACUCAUGGCGAACUCCCCUUCUCAUCUGUCAGAGGUAGCUUCCCUCAAAGAGGUAACAUUGUCUCCUGUAAGUGAGUCUCACAGUGAAGAGACAAUCCCCAGUGACAGUGGGAUUGGCACAGACAACAAUAGUACGUCUGACCAGGCUGAGAAAGGCCCCGCAUCUCGCAGGAGGUACUCUUUUGACUUCUGCACCCUUGAGCCUUCUGAAGCUGCUGCACUGGAGGCCAGCAAGAAAGCCAAGAGAGGGCACUGUUCCAAGCAUGUAACAGCAGUAGCAGUAGACUCUUACCUAGCCCAUGAGAGCCUGAAAAAACAGAAGCAUCGCCGUAAGCGCAAGGGUCUGCAGAGCCGAGAUGAUCUUCAGUUUCUGGCUGACCUUGAGGAGCUUAUUGGCAAGUUCCAGGUCUUCCGCGUCUCCCAUCGGAGCUAUAGCUUCUACCAUGAGAACUCGUAUCCUAGCAUCUUCCGGAUAAACUUUGACCACUACUAUCCUGUGCCGUACUUUCCUUAUGACCCACUGCACUACCUUCGCAGGAACUCUGAGAUGAAGUCUAAGAAGAGACGUGGCAGGCCGGCCAAAGCCAAUGAGCCUAUGACGAAGAUGCCUUUUCUCCAAGGGUUCGGCUACCCGAUCCCCAGUGGCAAUUACUAUGCACCCUAUGCAAUGCCUUAUACGUCGAUGCCUAUUGCCACCAGUAUGAUGAACUUGGGUUACUAUGGUCAAUAUCCAGCUCCUUUAUAUUUGUCCCAUACUCUUGGGGCAGCAACGUCUCCUUUUAUUAGGCCAGCAGUCCCGCCACCCCAGUUUCAUUCUGGUGCUCAUGUAAAGUUGACUGCUGCUGCCAAACACAAAACCAAACACAGCUCCCACCAGAUGCCCUCUACUGGCAUGGAUGAAGCCCAGUCGUCUUUAGUGGCUCCCAAAGUUGGUGCCAGCAGCUUGCCAAGUGGCCGCCUCCACAAACGCAAACACAAGCACAAGCACAAACACAAGGAGGAUCAGCUCUCGAGCUCCCAGAGGGAAGACCUAGGCGGACUCUUCAGUGGAGCAAAGAACCCCAGCUAUUUGAGCCUUCUGAGCGAGAGGCUUGGGAUGCCUGACAAAGAGCCUUCUUUGCCUAAACAUAAAGACAAGCAACGGAACCAGCAAAGCACAGACACUCUGCAAAGAAGUUCCAGGAACAUCUUUGAGGUUGAUACCCUCUCUACCUUGUCCCUCUCUGAUUCACAGCAAUGGAAACGCACCCGCGAACGAACUGAAUCUGCAGGUGACUUCCACAAUGCCUGCACCCGCCAGCAUGCUGAAACCAUUAGGACCAGUUCUGACCUGUUUGGGGAGCUGCAGUCUUCUAGGGAUGGUGAAUCUGGCAUGAACAGUCGAAGACGGAGUCUGGAAAGCUUUGGGAUAUACAGGGAGCAAAACAUUGUCCCAUUUAAGAAUGGCAGGAAGGAGAAGGUGCAGCAGAUGUAUAAUUGCCCGAGUCCUUCAUUGACAGAUAAUAGCCCACCCUUGAAGAAGAGGUUUAAACGGAAAGAAAUUGAGGAGAUACAGUGUGAAGUGCGCAAGAUGUGCACCUUUUCCAAAAUCCUUUCCACUAAGAAGAACCUAGACCACGUCAACAAAAUCCUGAAGGCAAAACGGCUCCAGCGACAGGCGAAGACCGGAAACAACAUUGUGAAGAGGAGGAGGGGAAGACCCAGAAAGCAGCCUGUCCUGUUGGAUGAUGAAUCCUUGGGCCAAAUGCCUGUGCUGGAGAAAUGCAUUGAUCUUCCUGGUAAGAGAAGCCUGCGCACGAACGUUGUGCCUGAGACUCUGGAGUUUGCCAAGCAAGAUUCCAUCAUGGACGCGAUUGAGUCUGUGGUCCACAUGGCAAGGGUGCAGCAGAAGAGCGGAAAGCGGUGGCACCAGAGCCAGGAGGACGUCCGAGUCAAGCGGCCACGACGGUGCCGAGGAAUGGAGAAAGACGAGGUUGUAGUCCCGGGGAGAAAGCUUGGCAGCUCCGCCCUUUCAUCGACCAGUUUUUCAACCGUACAAUCUGCGCAAUGAAUCCUCCUUGCACUUUAGCCUUUGUUUUUUUCUAUAUUCAAGUAUUAUGGGCAUUCUUGGAGGAUUCCGAAGGAGAACUUGGUCAGUUCUGCAGGAUACACCUGUCAACAUGUAACAGGAAAUACAUUGCAUCUCUGCUGCAGUUGGCUUUUACUUUCUUUGGUCUACUGAAGACACUACCAUGGUGUAUUGGACUCCUGCAAAAUCCUGCCCCACUCAUACUAUAUCUUAAGUUUGUCUCCUAACUCUGGCUCUGCCACAUCUAACCAGCAAGUAUAUAAACAAUGAUUCAUUAGCUUAUACUGUGCAGCUUCAGUUAUUUUGCCUUGGAUUACUAAUUUUGUUAAAGCACAGUGCAUUUAUUGCAAUGACAACACAUUGACCGAUCUUUGUUUUCAUUGAACUCUGUCCCCCUGUUCUGAAUUGAUUUUUUUUCUGAACUGGUGGGAGGAUGGCAAUACUUUGGAAUAAUAAGACCUAAUGAAUGCUGUCAUGCCAGCUUCGUUACUCAAGAGGUCUGACUGUACAUAGGAACAUUUUCUUCUUACAAUACAUGCCUUUUCGCUGUACAGUGUGUUUCAGAAAGUAUUUUUGACUUACUGGCUUAAAAAGUAGUGAAGUGUGUUGUACCCUGGAACAUGAAAGUUGGGUAUUAUUUUUAACCAAAAAUAGAGAUGGGUGUGACUUGAGACAUGUUUGCUUUCAGAUAAAAGGAUCCAGAUUCAUUAUUUAUAUGAAGUGGGUACGUCACAUACAUAGUAGUUAAAAAAUAAGAACAGAGCAACCAAAAUAUUCCCUGUCAUUUAAAUACCAGUCAAGUAAUUCUUUUAACAUGGUGUUAAAACGGUUCUCUUUUACAAAGUCAGUUGCUUUUGGCUGUCAAUAAAAUCAAUUUAAUUUAUAAUUCUAUUUAUAAAAUCAGCACUUAAAUCCUUAAUUAAGCCUUAAAAUGUAAAAUGUUCCUGUUAAAAUCUGGUAUGGAAUACCGUGUAGUAGCACUGGACUUACAAAUGUGUUGUAUCAGUUCUUUCUGCAUACAUUUUUUCAAAAGUCUUUCAUUCAUUCAUUUGGUAUAUAUUUAGUUGUGCAUGGAAAAAAAUGCUAAGGAGAUUAAAAACUGUUGAUGCCAGAAGUUAUUUCAACUUCUGAAUCCGGAAGACGCAAAACUAGGGUUCACUUUAAGAAUUAACCUUUAAGGAGUUAUAAAGUUAACCUAUCAAGUAUCGUAAUAAGAUACAAAAAGUAUUUGACAUUAGAUAUACUGUUUGGUUCAUAGUUGGAACAAAAUUAAUUGAAAUUAACAGUGAUAUUAAUGUUGUUAUAUAGGACCCCAGGCAAAACCCAAACCUUAAAGGUGCAAGAUAUACAGUAUAUACUUCCAUUAAUUUCAGAAUGCAUGUUGUUGAGAGAUGAUUGUGUCCAAAUUACCAGAAGAAUUACAGUAAACUUUUGUAAGUGUAGUUACCAGAAAGUUUUCAAGUAUAGUAACCAAAGUUUGUCUGCUAUUUGUGUUGUAAUGCUGGGGGUUAAAAGAUGAUUUGCGGUCUCUGUGACACCCAAUAUACCAGGGCAAAAUGGCAAUAAUAAAAGAACAAGUGAAAAAGCACUGUUUACUAGAAACGAACAGAAAGAGAAGCUGUUUGGAAAUAUGGUAUGCUUCAUGUUUUGCAUAUACUUUCUUCCGUGAAAGCUGGCAAAUUACUCUUGUUUAGGGAAACAUUCAUUAUGAACUUAGGUCAGUAUUGUGUUGAUGUGUCCAGUGGCCACAUAUGGAAAGUAACAAUCAACAGAAAUGAUGUAUAGUUUAUGACAUUAAGUUAAUGCAUUUCCUUAUAGGCUCUGUAGUUUUUGGGAAACAGUAGUACUGUAGUCUGAAAGCAGUUGUUGAUGUGCCUUAUGUGUGUUUCCCAAGGCAUAAAAUUAUCUGCGCAGAUUAUACAAGCAAGGGAGAAGUUAUCCUAUACUCAGAAUUUUUAUUCCAACUCAGUGUGCCUGAAAAACAUUGAUUUAAGACAGUAGUCCUUUUAUAUAGCUUAAUAUGAAACCUUAAUUUUGUUUUUGUACUGUUGACAGCUAUAAGAUGGAAAGUCUUGUAAAUCAUUUCAAUGGAUCACAAAAGUGAUUUUUUUUAGCGUGGAUUCUAGUUGUCCUAUCCAGCAUUACACAGGGGCCCUGGUCAAUGGUGCACAGCCUCAUUCCUUCGGGGCAGCAGCAGUCCAACAGGAUUUGUGGUUUAAUGGCCCACAUUUUAAGAGCUGGGAAAAAGGCAAAGCUGAUCUGAAUAAGUUAAUAUUUCAAUUAGGCAGCAAAGAGCUCAGGUGGAACAGCAUUCAGAAGACCCUGCAGCCCUCCAGGACUGCAGCUGCAAACCUCUGCCCUCAUACCUUUGCUUCCUCCCAUGAUUGUAUUAAUCCCUAGGCUGUGUCUUGUGUGGCGUCCCCACUUCUUCUAUGUGCUAUGCAUCAGGUUAUAUGAGUACGCUGCUGGUGGAUUGUGACUUUGCAACAAACUGUUGAAUUGAUCUGUAAAUUCAGCUUUCUGUUUUGGGUCCACCCUUUCACAAAGAUAAAUAAGUGGUCUUAUUUAAUUUCAAGAAAACAAUAAAUGUAAAAAAAAAAUUAUAAUGAAUAAUAAUAAUUUGCAACGUGUGCAAAAAGUGACUAUCAUUGCAACUAUUACUGCAAAGGGUCAGAAAGUCCUUUCUUGCAGUAGAGCCUUAAUCUGAAGUUUAAUUAAUCUAGAAGUCGAUUGUAAAUAGUGUAAUUAAACUGGAUCUGACUGCAUGAAUGCAAACUGUGUUUUACAGAAACGUGGGUCUGCAUAAUGGUUCCUGUCAAGGUGUCCAGCUAUAGCUCCAGCAGGAUACAGCCUAAAAUGAGCUGAGCACUGCUGAGACUAAAGUUGAAUUGUGUAGUUUCGUAGCCAAUAAUAAACAAGCUAGCAGCUAUUUCUUCUGUCAGUUGUACAAAUGCAAGGCUUGUAGACCUACAUGGGUUUGGACUGAUUCAUUCUGAGACAUUGCCAAAAAAAGACUAAAAUAUUUCCAUUACAAAACCAUGUCAAAGUAUUUUAUAUCAAACCACUCUAACUGGGUUUCAUGGUUCAUUUCUGAAAGAAGCUAAAUUUGAAUGUUCUACUCUAACCAAAAUGUAAAAAUCACAACCAUUAAAGCAUUACUAUUAUUUGUGGCAGUACAAGACACUCUUGGUACAGAGACAGCAGAGAUGGUUAGUCAUUAAGCCAGCAUAAAAAAAGGAUUUCUCUGAAAAAAAAAGUAAUUUUAUGUUGCUGUGUGAAGCCUGAAAUACCAGAUACCUGUACUCUACCAGCCGAAAUACCGGUGCCUUCUAAAGCUUAAAAGUGUUUUUGUUACCUGGUUCUUAAGCUUCAAAAAGAAAAUGGAAAGAUAAACCAGACUGUACAUAUGUGAUGAAUAUGUCUUGAACUGCUUUACCUUGUAUUAUGAAGGCAAUUGGCACUACACAGAGCUGAAGUCUUACCUGACUGUGAAACACUAAAGUGAAAAUGUAAGAAUAUCAGAAUUACUGCUCAUGUUAACACAGGUUGCAUAUACAUCAAAGUGUUUUUAAGUUUUUAAACAAUGCUGUUGUUUCAGACAUAAAGUGCAAAUGAAGUAUUGAGAAAAAUAAAUGUAACAAUGUACAUUACAGGAGCACAAUUGGAGCUCUGACUGUGCUGGCAUAUUUUAGUUUGUAUACAUAGUGUUUUUUAACCUCUUUUUAAUAGAGUGGAUUUUUUUUCUUUUUUGCAUGUUCUACUUGAUUGUAUGUAUACAUAUUUUAGACAAGGGGAAAGUUAUUUGUAUUUUAAUUAAAUUCGGAGGAAAAACUUGUACAUUGUUUGAUAUGUUUUUUUGUAAUGGAUUUUUAAUUCAUGAAGCAUUUUUGUACAUUGUAUGGAUAUUAAAACUGCAAAUAUUUGGCAUAUAUAUAUAGGUAUAUAUUGGGUAAAAAUUGCAUACGUAUAUAUUUAUAUAUAUAUGCUGGCAUGCUUUUGGUCAUGUUUGUUCAUGAUCUAGUUGUUUUUUUUCCUUUUUUUUCUUAAAGAAAAGCUCAUUCUUUUGCUGCCAUUUCCUGGUUAGCAGUAUAGAGCACUUAAAAAUAAAAUAAAGUUGACCUUGUUCAUAUGUUAUUCAUUGUGUGAAAAUAAUAAAUGAGUUUAUUGAAA